AUGAAAGUCCACGCUCUUUUCGCGCUUGCUGCGUCGAUUGCGACAGCGAAAGCAUCUGCAGGCCCACAAUGCUACACCAAGCUUGCUUCGACUUCUCCAAGCGCUGGCUGCAAGACUACUUCCACUACCGUCUACACCCCGUGCACUAAGACCAAGACCACAUACAAGACAAAGACCAUCCUCCCGAGCCCAGUUACUAUCACCUCAACGAAGCAGGUGGUCAAGCAAUACACAGCACCUCCAAGCUAUCACACUGCCACCAUUACGCUCACAAAGACAGACACCGCUACAACGACGUCUAGGAUCACCACAACUGCAUACGAAACAUCCACAUUGUCUCUCGUGUCAACCACCACAAGUGCGACGCCAAAUGGAUUUUCUCCGAUCAUGACCAGUUUCCCCGGUUCAUCAUACGCGAGCCAACAGCCGAAUGAGAAGCGAGAUUCGAUUCGUGGAGCUCGAGGAGGCAAAGCGUAUAAGAAACCGAAGAAAGGCGGCCUUAAGAAAGGCAAGAUCCCAAACAAAGUAACCUGCGUGCACCACAAACCAAACAGCGAAUGCAAAGUCAAGAGCGUCACGGCGACCAAGACAACCGGUUGCAAAGGCUCGACGAUUACUGUAACGGCAACUUCUACGAAGACGGACUAUACCUACCCAGAAGCCACAACGACUAUUACGACUCUUGACACCAUCACUUCCACUACUACUGCUUUCGUCACCGAUUCCACUACUACCACUGCUACCGUGACGACAUACACCAGCACCACGACUGAGUAUGCCGCUUGCGCGACCAAUAACUUCGCGAACCUCUACCAGGGACAAGGCUUUUCCAACGCCGUCCCCGUUGUCCCCGACCUCUCGCAAGAUGGAGAUAUCCUGUCCGUUGAUAAUGCAUACGAGUAA